AUUUAGUCGAGGCCAUUAACCGUUCGGAAAAGUUCGGGUUUAAGCACGAGCUCUAACGAAAGUUACAUUCCGUUGGGCACCUUCACCAUGAGUGUUUUCGCCCGUCCGUCGGUGUCUCGCGAAAAAUCUAGUUUUCCUUGUCCGCGUUAUCAUAUAUAAUGGUAGUACGAUAUUAAUGCAUGGAAAAAAGAUCAGACGUUAAAAACGUCUAAGUUACGGGCGAGUAAUGAAGUGAUAGUAGAUGGUGAAAGAGAUAAAGAAUAACAGCGACAAUUUACAUCCUGAAAGAAGUAAAAAGAAGUUAAGGGAAAGCAAACAUGGGGAACUGUUUCAGUAGUAGCAGGGAUCCGGAUAAAGACAACUCAGACAGGAUAGGAAAUUCCAACAUAGAUGCUGUGGUAUCGCCUACUAGUCCAGUGCCAACACCACCUCCGGAUCCUAUAAGGCCGGUCCCACAAAUUCCAGAUGCUAAUGUGCCAAGUGCUAAGAUAUUCGUAGCGCUUUACGAUUACGAUGCACGCACCGACGAGGAUCUCAGCUUUAGAAAGGGUGAACAUUUGGAAAUACUCAACGAUACCCAGGGAGAUUGGUGGCUAGCUAGAAGUAAACGGACUAGAAAAGAAGGCUAUAUACCUAGCAAUUAUGUUGCUAAGUUGAAAUCGAUAGAAGCUGAACCAUGGUACUUUAGGAAGAUAAAACGAAUUGAAGCGGAAAAGAAAUUAUUAUUGCCAGAAAAUGACCAUGGUGCAUUUUUAAUUAGAGAUUCUGAAAGCCGUCACAAUGAUUAUUCUCUUUCAGUACGUGAUGGAGAUACUGUCAAACAUUACCGCAUACGACAGUUGGAUGAAGGGGGCUUUUUCAUUGCUAGGCGGACCACAUUUAGGAAUCUUCAAGAUCUUGUUGAACACUACAGUAAAGAUGCAGAUGGAUUGUGUGUAAAUCUCUGUAAACCGUGUGUGCAGGUUGAGAAACCUGUAACGGAAGGCCUUAGUCAUCGUACACGAGACCAAUGGGAAAUAGAUCGUUCAUCCCUUAAGUUUUUGCGAAAACUGGGCCAGGGUCAGUUCGGAGAAGUAUGGGAAGGACAAUGGAAUAAUACAACACCAGUAGCAAUAAAAACUCUUAAGCCAGGCACUAUGGAUCCAAAAGACUUUUUGGCAGAAGCACAAAUUAUGAAAAAACUUCGACAUGCCAAGUUAAUUCAGCUUUAUGCUGUAUGCACAAUGGAAGAACCAAUUUAUAUUAUCACAGAAUUGAUGAGGCAUGGCAGUUUAUUAGAAUACUUACAAGGAGUAAGAGGAAGAGCUUUGAAAUUACAACAAUUAAUUGAUAUGGCCGCACAAAUAGCUACUGGUAUGGCUUAUCUCGAAUCACAGAAUUACAUUCAUAGAGAUUUGGCUGCACGAAAUGUAUUAGUAGCUGAUGGAAAUGUCGUUAAGAUAGCAGACUUUGGUUUAGCUCGACUUAUUAAAGAGGACGAAUAUGAAGCUCGUAUUGGGGCACGAUUUCCAAUUAAAUGGACUGCACCCGAAGCUGCUAAUUACAGUAAAUUCAGUAUUAAGUCUGAUGUAUGGUCAUUUGGUAUCCUUCUUACUGAACUCGUUACUUUCGGAAGAAUACCAUAUCCAGGUAUGACAAACGCAGAAGUAUUAAACCAGGUAGAACAUGGAUACAGAAUGCCUUGUCCACCUGGAUGUCCAACGGCACUAUACGAUAUUAUGUUAGAAUGUUGGAACAAAGAUCCUAUGAAGAGGCCAACGUUCGAAACUCUUCAAUGGAAACUUGAAGAUUUCUUCACAAUGGAGGGAUCAGAAUAUAAGGAAGCAUCUGCGUAUUGAAAUAAAACCGAACAAAAUAUUUGUAAUUUUCAGUUGGCUUCUUCGCACGAUUCAUCGUAUCAUUCGUAUGAUGAACGACGACUCGUGUUUCAAUAGUACUUUAUCGUCGAUAGGUGACGGGAAAGUAUAGAAUUAUGAUGAUGAGCUAUUCAUUCGAGACAUGAAUGCUUGUGAUAUUUGAGAAUAUAGUAUACUUUAUAGAAUAUUAGGGGUCUCUUUAUGUUUCUUUUUGUUUCGUUCUUUUUUUUAUAUAUAUAUAUAUAUAUACAUACAUACAUAUACACAUAUUAAAGAUAAAUAAUAUCAUUUAUUUUGUUAGUAAUGCAAUUAUUUCUUUUUUCAUUUAUGCAUUCAGGCUGCCAUAAAAUGAUAUAACGAGUUUGUCAAUUCGCCAAUUCGUAAUUUUACAAGGAUAUUGGCACUUUGAUAAUAUUUAGAAACAGAAAUACACGUUACACACGUAUUAUAUAUAAAUAUAUAUAUAUUAUUUUAGAUAUUAACAUUAAGGAAACGCGUAUAAGUGUAGAUAUUAACUGCCUUUGACACGACCAUGUGUAACGAUCAACGAUUAUUAAUAUUAUUAUUAAUAUUAUUAUUAAAUAUAUUAUUAUAAUUAUUAUUAUUAGUAUUAUAUAUAUAUAUAUUAUAUUAUUUUGUCGUCACAUUUUUGUCAUUAUCGGUAUAAAACAAAAAGAAAUAUUAAGAUACAUUUAUAAUGAUUUUCCGUAAAAGUAUUAUGAAAAGACAAAGUUCUACCAUAAACGUUUUGGUAGUUUUCAGUCGAUAGAAAUGAACUUUUCAUCCAAUCUUGACGAAAGGAUGGCCUACGAAAAAAUGGUCAAAGUACUAUUGAAGCACGAGACACCGUUCAGGUAUAAUUGAAAUGAACGUUGUGUGUAUAAUUUAUAUUGACGAACGACGCCUCGUGCUUCUAAUUACAAAUCUUCAUAUAUGACGGACCACAGUCCAUUUUAAAAAUCAUUCCUUUUUUUUUCUUCUUCUUCUUCUUCUUCUUCUUCUGAUUCUUUCUUCUUAUGCUAUGAAGAUUAGAUUACUUCUUCACUUUUAACAGAUUUUAAUUUGUGUGAAAAUGUAUAUAAAGAGGAUUUUAUUAUUACGGAUUUUUAAACAAUUCAGAACGGUUGCAACUGGUCCGUCCAAAACAACUGACGAUAACACCUAACGAAAAGUUCUUUUUAUGUCUACAUUAGUUGGUGUGUACACUCUUCACUUUUUGUCAUAAUUCGUAUGCAUAUUAUAUCAAAUAUGAAAAAAAAAAAACAAAAAAAAAAAAAA